AUGGAGGGGAGUUCAGAAAACUUGGAAGAGAAUUUGGCAUUAAAAGGAAAGGCUGUACAGUCGAGCACAUAUUACACCUGGGGAGCUUCAAACGCCAUCGACGGCAUCAGAUAUGCUCCAGUUCCAGCCUCAACCUGCUCCCACACAGAUAUCGAGCUCAACCCAUGGUGGAGGCUGGACCUGCUGGAUUCUUACUACAUUUCCAACGUGACCAUUACCAACAGAAAGGACUGCUGUUCGGAGCGCAUGACUGGAGUAGAGAUCCGCAUCGGAAACUCUCUGGAGAACAACGGCAACAACAAUCCCAGAUGUGGUGUCACUUCAUCUGUCCCAGCAGGCAGUUCUGUCAGUUUCUUUUGCGACGGAAUGGAAGGUCGUUAUGUGAACAUGUACCUUCCUAAGAUCCAGGCGAUUCUCACCCUGUGUGAGGUGGAGGUUUCAUCGAUUCUACCUGCGCGACUCUACCGAGCAAGGACACCGACAGGGCACGAGUAUUGUUACACUGACUACCAGUAG